UCUCGGCCCUCUAGAACCCAGCAGUGCCACGGGCCACCGCCUGAGCUCAAGCCUCAGGGCCUGCCUCCCGGGCAUCCCACGAUGACCUCCCAAUGGGCCAGCUUAGCUCGGCCCUGCCCUCCCCCGGCCUGUCUGGUCUCCUGGAGUCCCGCAGAUCCGGGCCAUCCCUUUGGGGGAUGCUGUGUUUUCAGCCCACUGAUCAGCUCCCCCAAUUCUUCCACCCUCGAGGCCGCGCUCAGUGCCCUUCUUUGGGCAUCGGGACGCGCCGUUCCCUCUGGCCCCCGUUUAUUUUUAGCCGGGCUAUCACAGGGCUGUCACCACCCUGGAGCCAGAGAGCUCAUUGCUGCGGGGACUCCGCCGGGCGCGCAAGGACCCGAGACUGCGGCAGACCAGAUGGGGAAUUACAAGUCCAGACCGGCCCAAACCUGCACUGAUGAGUGGAAGAGAAAAGUCAGCGAAUCCUACCUCAUGGUAACGGAGAGGCUGGAGGAGGACCUGCAGAUCCAGGAGCCCGAGACCCAGGAAAUGCGGCUCGUCUUCAGCUCCGAUGAAGCCCUCAACAAAGUCAAUUUAAAUUACCGCACGGAAAACGGGCUGUCCCUACUUCAUCUGUGCUGCAUUUGUGGGGGCACCAAGGCCCACAUCCGGAGCCUCAUGUUAAAAGGGCUGCGCCCAUCCCGGCUGACAAGAAAUGGAUUUACCGCUCUGCACUUGGCAGUUUACAUGGACAGAACAGACCUGGUCACGGGCCUCCUGCACAGCGGGGCGGACGUCCAGCAGGCUGGCUACGGGGCUCUGACGGCCCUGCACGUCGCCACCCUGGCCGGGCACCUGCAGGCUGCCAACGUCCUGCUGCAGCAUGGAGCUUACGUCAACGUCCAAGAUGCAGUCUUUUUCACCCCUCUCCACAUUGCAGCAUACUAUGGACAUGAACAAGUCACGCGGCUCCUGCUGAAGUUUGGCGCUGACGUGAACGUCGGGGGGGAAGUUGGAGAUCGGCCCCUGCACUUGGCAUCUGCCAAAGGAUUCCUCAACAUCGCCAAACUCUUGAUGGAAGAAGGCAGCAAAGCGGAUGUGAAUGCCCAGGAUAAUGAAGACCACGUGCCUCUGCACUUCUGCUCUCGCUUUGGACACCAUGAGAUGGUCAAGUUUCUGCUCCAGAGCGAUUUCGAGGUUCAGCCCCACACAGCUAACAUCUAUGGAGACACCCCUUUGCACUUGGCUUGCUACAAUGGAAAAUUUGAAGUUGCCAAGGAAAUAAUUCAAGUGUCAGGAACAGAAAGUCUGGCAAAGGAAAACAUCUUCAGUGAAACAGCUUUUCACAGCGCUUGUACCUACGGCAGGAGCAUCGAGCUCGUUAAAUUUCUUCUGGACCAAAACGUCGUGAGCAUCAAUCAUCAAGGAAGGGAUGGACACACGGGGCUGCACUCGGCCUGCUACCACGGACACAUCCGCCUCGUUCAGUUCUUACUGGAUAGCGGCGCCGACAUGAACCUGGUGGCCUGCGAUCCCAGCAGGUCGAGCGGCGACAAGGAUGAGCAGACCUGUUUGAUGUGGGCCUACGAGAAAGGGCAUGAUGCCAUUGUCACGCUUCUGAAGCAUUAUAAGAGACCUCAGGAUGAAUUGCCCUGCAACGAGUAUUCUCAGCCAGGAGGAGAUGGCUCCUAUGUUUCUGUUCCAUCUCCCUUGGGAAAGAUUAAAAGCAUGACUAAAGAAAAGGCAGAUGUCCUCCUCCUGCGGGCAGGGCUGCCUUCCCAUUUCCAUCUCCAGCUCUCAGAAAUUAAAUUCCAUGAAAUUAUCGGCUCAGGAUCUUUCGGGAAAGUGUACAAAGGGAGAUGCAGGAACAAGAUGGUGGCUAUCAAACGCUAUCGGGCUCACACCUACUGCUCCAAGUCGGACGUGGAUAUGUUCUGCAGAGAGGUGUCCAUUCUGUGCCGCCUCAACCACCCCUGCGUGAUCCAGUUUGUUGGCGCCUGCUUGAAUGAUCCCAGUCAAUUCGCCAUCGUCACUCAGUAUAUCUCCGGCGGGUCUCUCUUCGCUCUCCUCCACGAACAGAAGAGGCAGUUGGCUUCUCCCAUUUUGACCUCCUCCAUGCCGCGGCUGCUUUCUAGGAUUCUGGACUUACAGUCGAAAUUAAUCAUCGCGGUAGACGUCGCCAAAGGCAUGGAAUAUCUUCACAACCUGACGCAGCCCAUCAUCCACCGGGACUUGAACAGCCACAACAUUCUCCUCUACGAAGACGGCCACGCGGUCGUCUCGGACUUCGGAGAGUCCAGAUUCCUGCAGUCUCCGGACGAGGACAACCUGACGAAGCAGCCCGGGAACCUGCGCUGGAUGGCCCCCGAAGUCUUCACGCAGUGCACUCGGUACACCAUCAAAGCCGACGUGUUCAGCUACGCCUUGUGUCUGUGGGAGCUCCUCACCGGGGAGAUCCCGUUCGCUCAUCUCAAGCCAGCCGCAGCAGCUGCCGACAUGGCUUACCAUCACAUCCGACCUCCCAUAGGCUAUUCCAUCCCCAAACCCAUCUCGUCCUUGUUAAUGAGAGGCUGGAACGCGUGCCCGGAGGGAAGACCAGAAUUUUCUGAAGUUGUGACUAAACUGGAAGAAUGCCUUUGCAACAUUGAGCUGAUGUCUCCUGCAUCAAGCAACAGCAGUGGAUCUCUGUCUCCUUCCUCAUCCUCUGACUGCCUGGAGAGCCGGGGAGGCCCCAGUCGCAGUCAUGUCGCCGCCCUCCGAAGCCGUUUCGAACUCGAGUACGCCCUGAAUGCCAGAUCCUGCAUGUACUGGUCCCAGAGUCCUGGACAGCUCCUCUCUCAAGGUCCAUCUCUGGAAGAAAUGAGGAGAAAUUUUCGGUUCCCACACAUUGACAAAAAUGGCUAUGUUUCGGAUCCCAUGAGCCCCAUGCGCUUCCAGGCUCCCAACAAUGGCGGCAGCUCUGAGGACAGCAGCUGACAGCAGUGGGCAUCUACCUGAAGAGAGCCUGGCCCCAGGCUGACGGCCCAAGCCGCCCUGGCAGCCUCGCCGCCAAUUAUAACAUCGUAUUUCAUCCCCAGAGAUCCCUUCCAAUGGGUUUGCUUAGUUACUGCUUCCGGCAAUUUUCAGCCACAAAUUGGGCUCUGGAUUUAUGUCAAAAAUAUUAAAAUGCAAAAGAAUGAAGCUAGAAA